AUGCCGGUCUUCAAAAGUCGGAUGUUCAUAUUUUAUGGCAACAAGACCUCAACGCAGUUUUUAAACUUUACCUCGACACUAAUCUGUUCAGAUGGUCUUCAGUCAAGCCUGAAUCUGCAGACGAAGCCAGUCGACCCCACAGUGGAAGGGGGCGCCCAAGUCCAGCAAGUUGUAAAUAUUGAAUGCAUAUCGGACUUCAUGGAAGCCCCGGUCCUAAACAUUCAGUUCAGGUAUGGUGGAACACUGCAAAAUGUCUCUGUGAAGCUGCCCAUCACAUUGAACAAAUUCUUCCAGCCUACAGAAAUGGCCGCUCAAGACUUUUUCCAGCGGUGGAAACAGCUGAGCAGCCCCCAACAAGAAGUGCAGAACAUCUUUAAAGCAAAGCAUCCAAUGGAUACAGAGAUCACAAAGGCAAAGAUCAUUGGCUUUGGCACAGCUUUACUUGAAGAAGUGGAUCCCAACCCUGCUAAUUUUGUUGGAGCUGGUAUUAUACACACAAAAGCAACCCAGAUAGGAUGUUUGAUGCGUCUUGAACCCAACCUGCAGGCACAGAUGUAUAGAUUAACACUGCGAACGAGUAAAGAGACAGUAUCCCGAAGAUUAUGUGAAUUGCUGUCAGAGCAGUUCUGAACAGUGAAGCAAGAUCAGGUU